AUGCCAUCGGCAGGUUUCAGCGCUGCGCCGGUGUUCUUGCUCGCCGCGCUCUGGUUCGUCGCCGUCGCGGCCGCGGCGCUCCUCGCCUGCUGCUGCCGUUGCUGCCGCGGCGGCGGCAGCAACUACUCCUACUCGCGCCGGGUGUUCGCCAUCUCGCUCGUGCUCCUGAUCGUCUUCACAGCAGCAGCCGUCAUCGGAUGCGCCGUGCUGUACGACGGGCAGCGCAAGUUCAACGGCAGCACGACGGGGACGCUGGACUACGUGGUGAGCCAGGCCGACGGCGCGGCGGCGACCAUGCGCAACUUCACCGGCCUCCUGGAGACGGCGAAGAGCGCGGGCGGCGGCGUGGCGUCGCUUCCACCCGACGUCGCGCGGACCAUCGACGACGUCGCGCGGCGGGUGGACACCGCCUCCGACGAGCUCGCCGCGCGCACGGCCAGAAACUCGCGCAGGAUCCGGACCGUGCUGGACACCAUAAAGAAGGUGCUGAUCGUUGUCGCCGCUGUGAUGCUGGUCCUCGUCUUCCUUGGCUUUGUGUUCUCGUUGACUGGGUUCAAGUCGCUUGUGUACACAGUGGUGUUUCUUGGAUGGAUCAUAAUUACAGCGACACUAAUACUGUCUGCCACUUUCCUUCUGCUGCACAACGUGAUAGGAGACACCUGCGUCGCCAUGGACGAGUGGGUGGUCCAGCCGCAGGGCCACACCGCCCUUGACGACAUCCUCCCCUGCGCCGACGCGGCGGUGACGGCGGAGGCCCUGCGCCGGAGCGAGGAGGUCAACUACCAGCUCGUCACCAAGCUCAACGAGCUGGUCUCCAACGUGUCCAACCGCAACGUGCUUCCCCAGGCCGGCCCCCCGCUCUACUACAACCAGUCCGGCCCUCCCGUGCCGCUCCUCUGCAACCCCUACAACGCCGACCUCUCCGGGCGCCGCUGCGCCGCCGGCGAAGUCACCGCCGACAACGCGCAACAGGUGCGUGCGGUGUGGCAGCGGUUCGUGUGCCGGACGGCGGCGGCGCCGGGGUCGGGUUCGGAGGUGUGCGCGACGGUCGGCCGCCUCACGCCGCCGAUGCUGUCCCAGAUGCUCACCGUGGCCAGCGUGAGCGACGGGCUGCGCCGGCAGGCGCCCGCCCUGCGCGACCUGGCGAGCUGCGCCACCGUGCGCCGCGCGUUCCAGACGAUCAGCGAGCGCGGCUGCCCCCCGCUGCGGCGGGACAGCAGCCGGGUGUACCAGGCCCUUCUCGCGGCGUCGGUGGCGGCCAUGCUCGCCGCGGCGGCGUGGUUGGCGCACUCCCGGGAGCGGCGGCGGCGGCUCGAGAGCAAGCGGUUCCGGGUGUCGCCGUACAGGCUGCCCAUCGAGGAGAAGGUGCUUCUCAACAGCCCGAGGCGGCCGUACAGGCGAGUGUGACACCUUCUGAUCAUCAGGUCGAUCGAGGCCGUUGGAGCAACGGAAUUUCACAGGGAUUUCAUGAGUGACGACGUUGCAGCUCCGGUAGAAAUCUGGGGGAAAUUCGUGUCCUGGAUUGGGGCCUGAAGCCGGAUUAGGAUGUGUAUGUGUACGAAGCAGUUUUAGGAGUACAAAUAUAUACGGUAAUCUAUG